AUGGGAUCCCCCUCUCCCAAGUCCCUCCCCCGUGAAGACAUCGAGAUUGCCUUCCUCCGCUCGCAAGCCUCCCUCAAAAAGUCCUCCCUUUUCAAUGACCGGUUUGCAACGACGCUGGAUAGCCUGAGUGCUCGGCCGCUUGACGAGCUGUCCCUCACCGAGAAGGUCCAGAGCCUUGCCUCCUUUGUGCGCGAGGUUCUCGACAGUGCCGACCAAGUGCAUGAGGACGGCCCGCAGGAUAUUCUCAGGAAGUCCCUGCGCGUGUUCAACAAGCAUCUGUUCCAGGAUGAAGAUAUCCACAGUGUCCUGGCUUCCCUGCCUCUCGAGCCGGAGGAGAAGUUCCAGAUCAUCAAAACCUAUUAUCAAGCAAUCAGUGUGACGCAGUUCGUGUCCCCAAAAUGGAGCAGUAGUCUGUUGUCUGAUGCUCUUGGUCGUCGCGCGAACAUCGUGACUGUCUUCAAUGGUCAGGGCGUCGAGGGCUACUUCGAUGAACUACAGCAUCUUUUCGAUACCUACCCCGGCCAGCUGGCUGAGCCCCUGUUCAGCCUCAGCAAACAAUUGAAGGGGCUUGCGGCCGACAGCCGCGCCCAAGACAUGUACCCUCAUGGUCUGGAUGUUAUCGGCUGGCUGGAGAAGCCCGAGGCUCGCCCAUCUGUCGACUAUCUCAUCUCUGCCCCCGUGAGUCAGCCUUUGAUUGGACUGGUGCAGGUACUCAAUUACUAUAUCACCUGCAAGAUUCUGAACAAGUCUCCCGGGGAGUUUGCGCGGCACCUCAGUGGUGCUGCAGGUCACUCUCAAGGCAUCGUGGUAGCGGCUCUCCUGGCCACCGCUGUCUCGUGGCCGACCUUCCUCGAGGCCGCACGCACGGCUAUUCAGGUGCUAUUCUGGAUUGGAUGCCGCUCUCAACAGUGCUACCCCCCCAGCUCCAUCCCGCCCAGUCUGGUGGACCAGGCUGAGCGGCUGAGCCCUAUGCUGAGCAUCAAGGGCGCCUCCCGCGAGCAGUUGCUGCAGCAUCUGGCCGAGCACAACAAGUAUCUCCCUGCCUCACAGCAGGCCGCCCUGGCUCUGCUCAACGGCCGUCAGCAAUUCGUCGUCGCUGGCGAUCCUCUCUCCCUCUACGCCUUGGCUAACAAGGUUCGCACCGCCUCGAACAACUCCGGUAGCACUGGGCAGGCAAACACUACCCGCGUGCCCUUCAGCCAGAGGCCCCCCUCAAUCACUGCGCGCUUCCUCCCCAUCUCUGUGCCAUUCCACACCCGCCUUCUCGAAGACGCCGCUUCGCAGAUCGUCGAGGAUCUCAGCGCCGUGCACGUCUCCGGCACCAGCCUCCUCUUUCCCGUCUUCCGCACCGAUAACGGGGCCGACCUCCGGGAAUACGACAACCUCAUCCCCGAGCUCGUGCACAUGGUGGUCUGCGGCACCGUGGACUGGGGGAAGGCCACGCGGUUCCCUUCGGUCACCCACUUUCUGGACUUUGGGCCCGGACGCGAGACCGGCAUCGGAGCAUUCCUGGCCUCGGCCAAGGCGGGCACGGCGACGCGCAUCAUCCUCUCGACGACGCUGAGCGGGCCCAGCAAGGCGCUGGGCUACAUGCCGGAACUGAUGAGCCGCAAGGGCUCCGUCGUCUACAACACCAGCUGGGAGCAGGAAUAUGCCCCCCGGUUGGUGCGGGUCGGGGACGAGAUCCUCGUUGACACCCGAUUCUCGCGGAUUAUAGGCCUGCCCCCUGUCAUGGUGGCGGGGAUGACCCCCACGACUGUCUCGCCGGAGUUCGUCGCGGAGGUCAUGAACGCCAACUACCAUGUCGAAUUCGCUGGCGGCGGCUACCACAACGCCGAGGGGAUGCGCACCGCCCUCCAACAAUUAAUGCAGUCCAUCCCCGCCGGCCGCGGCAUCACCUGCAACCUCAUCUACGCGAACCCGCGGGCGAUGGGCUGGCAGAUCGCACUGCUCGGCCAGCUGCGCAGGGAGGGCGUGCCCAUCACGGGUCUGACCAUCGGGGCGGGCGUGCCCUCCACCGAGAUUGCAAGCGAGUACAUCCGGGACCUCGGCCUGUCGCAUAUCGCCUUCAAGCCGGGCUCCAAGGACGCGAUUGACAGUGUGCUGCGCAUCGCAGAGGCCAAUCCCACAUUCCCCAUUCUCCUGCAGUGGACGGGCGGCCGCGGUGGCGGGCAUCACUCGUACGAGGACUUCCACGAGCCGAUCCUCGACCGCUACGCGCAGAUCCGCGCCUACUCCAACAUCAUCCUGGUUGCAGGCAGUGGCUUCGGUGGCAGCGACGACACCUAUCCCUACCUGACAGGGGCGUGGUCCAAGGAGCUGGGCCAUGCGGCCAUGCCCUUUGAUGGCAUCCUGGUCGGCAGCCGCGUCAUGACCGCCAAGGAGGCGUGCACCAGCUCCGCGGUCAAGCAGGCAAUCGUGAACACGCCGGGCGUACCGGACGCGCAGUGGGAGCAGACCUACAAGAGGGCAGCCGGAGGCGUAAUCACAGUCAAGUCAGAGAUGGGCGAGCCCAUCCACAAGCUGGCCACGCGUGGUGUGCUGCUGUGGGCUGAGCUGGACAAGGAGGUCUUCUCGCUACCUGCACCGCAACAAAUCCAGGAGCUGCAGAAGCGCAAAGCCAGCAUCAUCCAGCGACUGAACGCCGACUACGCCAAGGUGUGGUUCGGUGUCGACGCCCAGGGCCAGCCGGUGGAAAUCGCCGCGAUGACUUACGCCGAGGUUUUGCGUCGUGCCGUCGACCUGCUCUACCUAAAGAGCCAGCAGACCUGGAUUGACCCCUCGUAUCGGUCGUUCGCCGCCGACUUGGUGCGUUGCGUCGAGAGCCGCAUGAGUGCCCGCCAGCCGCGGCCGCGCGCUGUGCUGCAGCAUGAGACGCAGCUGGAUCGCCCAGAGGCCUUCUUGGUCGACUUUCUGGCGGCGUAUCCGCGGGCUCUGCACGAUGUGCUCGUCCGCGACGACGAGAACCAGCUGGCCAUGCUGUACAAGCAGCCGGGGCGCAAGCCGCUGCCCUUCAUCAUCGCGCUGGACGAGUCGUUCGAGUACUGGUUCAAGAAAGACUCGCUAUGGCAGGCGGAGAGACUCGAGGCCGUGAUGGACCAGGACGUUGGGCGAAUCUGUGUGCUACACGGCCCAGUGGCAGCGCAGUUCACCACAAUUGCCGAUGAACCGGUCAAGCAGAUCCUUGAUAACAUCCACAAGCCGCAUGUGCAGGCACUCCUGAAGAGGCACUACGCAGGAAACGAGGGCCGGGUCCCUAAGCUGGACUACCUGUACUCUGCCGGGGCAUUGCCCUCCACAAUAUCUCUGGCCGAGGUGGCAAAUGUCCACCACAGCCGGUCCUACGACCCUCCGACCCUCGCGUAUGACCUCGAUGCCCACGCCGAGGACCUGCCGGCUGAGGAGCAGUGGCUCGACCUGCUCGGUGGGACAAAGCCCUCUUGGCGCAAGGCUUUAUUGACGCUGCCCGAGAUUGCGCAGGGCAGGCGCCUGGCUAAAAGCCCCAUCCGGGGUCUCUUUGUGCCCCGCGCGGGCCUCAGCGUGCGCAUCAUGUACCCCGACCGGCCAGAGAAGACGGUAAUUCUGAUGCGGCAGAGCACCAAGACCAAGGAGAAGGAUGAGGCCACCAUCGAGAUCCGCGCGCUCUCGGCUUCGGAUAUCAUGCUCACGCUGCGAGCCCCUGUUACCGGUGGCAAUCUCCCCGUCGACCUCGUCUUCUAUUUCACAUACGAGCCGUCGUGCGGCCGGAACCCCAUUCACGAGGUCAUGGAGACGCGCAAUCAGCGAAUCAGCAGCUUCUACGAGAGUCUCUGGGUUGGCAACGCACAGCAGCAGCAGAGCGAUGAUAUAGUUCUCGUGACGCGAGAGGCGAUCCUGGACUUCACCAAGGCCAUUGACAACCGAAACAGCGCGUAUAGCGGCAAGACGAAGGGCAAACUGCUCGCACCCCUGGACAUGGCCAUUGUCGUGGCCUGGAAGCCCCUGAUGCGGUGUCUCUUCACUGACGCGGCCGUCAACGGGGACAUUUUGCAGCUCCUGCAUCUGAAGAACGAUUUCAAGGUGCUGGAUGAUGCGAGCCCCAUCCGCGAGGGCGAUGUCCUGUCGUCGACCGCCGAGGUUGAGUCCAUCCGCAUCCGCCCCGAGUCUGGCAAGGUGGUUCGCGUGCGCGCCACCAUCUCCAGGCAGGGGACGCCCAUCAUCUCUGUGGGCAGUGAGUUCAUUCUCCAGGGCCGGUACGAGGAUUACCACCACACAGUCGAGACGAACAAGGAGGAGCAGGUGUACCAGCUGCCGCUGCAGGGUCGGCGAGACGUGGUUUUGCUGGCGUCGAAGCCCUGGUUCCAGAUUGCUGCAGGGGCCAGUCUCGACGACCACCUGGACGAGGAGCUUACCUUCCGACUGCGCAGCUCGUACCGGUUCCGCGAUGCCCAGGCCUACAGCCAGAUCGAGACCUGUGGCACGGUCAGCUGCACUGUCGGCACCGGCGAGGUGACCAUCGGCACGGUAAUUUUCAAGAGCAACUCGCACUUCAAGAACCCGGUGCUGGAUUUCCUGAGCCGGCGCGGACAGGCCUCCACCGAAGUCAAGGAACUCCCGACGCCCGUCCCUCUGGCGGCGGACCUCCGCCUCGCGAUGCCCCAGUCCAGCAACCAGUACGCCGCCGCCUCAGGCGACAGCAAUCCCAUCCACCUGUCGCGUGCGUUUGCGCAGUACGCCGGCCACGAGGGCCGGGUCGUACACGGCAUGCAGACCAGCGGGUUCGUUCGGGGGCUGGUGGAGCUGCACGCGGCGGAGAACGAUCCAUCGCGCAUGAAGAGCUGGUCCGCCUCGUUCAAGGGCAAGGUGAACCCUGGCGAGACGCUACUGGUGGACAUGAACCACACAGGCAUGACCCACGGCCGCCAGAUCAUCGUCGCCACCGCACGGUCUGCUGAGACAGGCGUCGAGGUGUUCCGCGCAACCGCCGAAAUGGCGCAGAAGCCAGGGGCGUACCUCUUCACGGGUCAAGGCAGUCAGAAGCCCGGCAUGGGGAUGGACCUCUACGAGACCAGCGCGGCGGCGCGCCAUGUCUGGGACACGGCGGAAAGGUUCUUCGUCAACACGUACGGGGUCUCCAUUCUCGAGAUCGUGCGCAACAAUCCCAAGGAGUACACGGUGCACUUCGGGGGUCGCCGCGGCAAGGCCAUUCGGGACAACUACAUCGACCUGGACUUCGAGGUGGUCAACGCCCAGGGCGAGAUCGAGGCGGUGCGCGCCUUCAGUGAGAUCACCCCGACUACGCGCUUCUUCACAUACACCUCUACCGGCGGGCUAUUGCACGAGACCAUCUUCACGCAGCCCUCGCUGGUGCUCAUGGAGCUGGCGCGCAUCGAAGACAUGCGGGCCCACGGGCUGAUCAACGAGGACAGCUGCUACGCAGGCCACUCGCUGGGCGAAUACUCUGCCCUGGCAGCCAUGGGGGAGAUCUUCACCCUGGAGGGCGUCACGGCCACCGUAUUCUACCGAGGCUUGACGAUGCAAAAGUCGAUAGAGCUGGACCAUUCCGGCCGGGAUUACUCCAUGGUCGCUGCCAACCCGAGUCGGGUGUCCAAGAACCUCAAAGAAUCCGAUCUAUGCGACAUCGUCAAGGCAGUCGAGGGUGCAACCGGAGGACUCUGCGAGAUCGUCAACUUCAACGUGAAAUCCACCCAAUACGUGUGCGCCGGUGAUCUUCGAAGCUUAGACUGCCUAGCAGGUGUCCUCGACCACCUGGUAGCUCAUCCAAAACUACUCGCCUCCAUGGACACCCUGAAAGCCGCCAUACCCGAUAUCAUCCAAAGCUGUCUCGCCCAAACAGACAUCAAACGGACCCCGCGGGAGCUGCAGCGCGCCAAAGCCACGAUCCCCUUGAAGGUCAACGUGCCAUUCCACAGCAGUCUCCUCCGCCCGGGCGUCGACACCUUCCGCCGCAGCCUAAGCAAGGCCAUCUCCGAGCACAUGGUGCGGCCGGAGAAGCUGGUCGGGAAAUACAUUCCUAACCUGACGGCGCGGCCGUUCGAGUUGAGUAAGAGUUACUUUGAGCAGGUGCUGGCCAUCUCCGAGAGUCCUCGCGUGAGGGAGAUCUUGGAGAAUUGGGAUCAGGUAGCGCCUGUUGCGGUUUGUUGAGGAGUGUGGACUCCAUACCUGAAUAAGUGAAUUGUUUAAAGCGUUUAGUUAACUUUUGUGAUCUUCGGUCUUUUCGCGAUUCCGUUGGUUAGUGCUGUAUAUAAUCUUUGCUUCAGCCUUUUACUCAUCUACGCAUUUGAUCUUCC